UUUCCCAUCAUUACCGUAAGCUCCUCUCACACUCCGAUUCUCAAGCACAAGACAACAUCCAUUGAGAUAAGCCGAGUGAGAGAGAGAAACGCUAAACCCAACUUUCUCCCGAUUGGUCACAAAAUAGAAAACAAAAUUCUCAAACCCAAACCAAACAGGGAUAAUUGACAUUCAAUUCACAAAUUCUGAAAUUCAAGACAACAAAUCACAAGAGAGAGAAAGAAAAUAGAGAGAAAAAGAAGAGAGAAAACGGAGAGAAAUUCCCAUAAUAUGUAAUGCAUCAGAAGAAAUCAGAGGUCCAAAUCGGAAAAGAAAGCGUCGGCGUCUCUUCCGAUUUCAACCCAACACCGCCACUUCAACAUCCACCUUCUAAAAUCCACCACCACCGCCACCACCACCACCACCACCGCGUCGUCUCGCACCACCAAAUCGACAUUUCCGACGAUUCCCAACAACCACCUCCGCCGCGUUUCAAGCCACGAAACGCGGCCUUCUUUUCCAUCACCUUAGCCGCCCGCAGCGCCGCCUUCCGCAUCCUCCGCCGCCUCAAGCGACGCCGUUCCGUCCUCCUCCUCUCCCUCCCGUUUCUCUACCUCUACUUCCUCGUCUCGCGCUCCUUCCUCCUUGACCUCCUCUCCGCCGUCGCGUUCUCCGCGGCGCUUCUCUUCUCCCUCAACGUCGCCUUCCCGCUUCACUUCCCUUCGUUCCCUGUCAGCCUUAAAUCCUCCUCCGUCCCCCGCCCCGCGCCGCCGCUCCCCGUGUUCUGGACCAUCGGGUCGCGGCCGAAAUCGGAGAAGAGGGUCGGGUCCGGGUGCUGGGUGCAGGUGUUCGGAAACGGCGACGUUUACGAGGGGGAGUUUCACCGGGGGAAGUGCUCCGGUAGCGGCGUGUAUUACUACAGCAUGAGCGGGAGGUACGAGGGGGAUUGGGUUGAUGGGAGAUACGAUGGGUGUGGGGUGGAGACCUGGGCUCGUGGGAGCCGCUACCGUGGGCAGUACAGGCAGGGACUGAGGCAUGGAUUUGGGGUGUACAGGUUUUACACCGGCGAUGUGUAUGCUGGGGAAUGGUCUAAUGGGCAGAGUCAUGGUUGUGGUGUUCACACCUGUGAAGAUGGAAGCAGGUACGUUGGGGAGUUCAAGUGGGGAGUUAAGCAUGGCCUUGGACACUACCAUUUCAGGAAUGGAGACACAUAUGCGGGGGAAUACUUUGCGGACAAGAUGCAUGGGUUUGGGGUAUAUCGUUUUGCAAAUGGUCAUCGAUAUGAAGGAGCCUGGCAUGAGGGCAGAAGGCAAGGACUUGGAAUGUAUACAUUUAGAAAUGGUGAAACCCAAUCUGGUCACUGGCAAAGUGGAGUCCUUGACAUUCCAAGCACCCAGAACACGACCUAUCCAGUUUCUCCUGUCGGUGUCAAUCAUUCUAAAGUACUCAAUGCGGUGCAGGAAGCAAGACGAGCAGCAGAGAAAGCCUAUGAUGUGGCCAAGGUAGAUGAAAGGGUAAACAAGGCAGUAGCAGCUGCUAAUAGAGCAGCCAAUGCAGCUAGAGUAGCUGCUGUCAAGGCUGUGCAAAAACAAAUGCAUCAUGUCAACAAUGAAAGCUUCCCAAUUCCUGUUAUGUAAGACUAUCAAGUGCUGCCUUUAUAUUAGUAGAGAAGCUGGAGAUUUUAGAAGAGGAUGGUGGCUAGCGGCAACACUAGUUUAAACAGCUUCACGUCCAUUGCAAUUUUCUCUGCGGCCUUAUGCUUUUAUUGAUUUAAUCUUUGAUUAGUCACUCCUAGAACCUCACCACCAGGUGAGUGGCUGAAAGAAAGCAGAUCUGUUAUCUAUCUGCUGCGGUCAUUGUAUAGAGGGAGGAAAGGUGAUAGCAUUAAUGUGCUAAAACUAUUUCAUAGAUAAGUUUUUGCUCCCAUUCACUACAUUUUUGUAAAUUCAUAUAGAUAAGAAUGCUGGUUUGCAGGUGAAACCUACCAGCUACUGUUGUAUUAUGGCUUGGUAAAAUAAAGAGAGAAGAAACAUAUA